UGGAAGCGUGUGGAAAAUGGUUUAGAGGGUGAGUGCUAGAAAGGAGAGGAGGGGGGAAACGAUAACAACAGCAAGGGAUUAGGCAUCGACCGAGCAAUCAGGAAGUCCAUUUAGGACAAAGCAGAGUCAAAAUGCUCCCAGACUUCAGUCGCCAUCAUUAGCACCAAGCUGCCAGAAUGAAUAAAAAGCACACAAAGAAGGAAUUCAGGUGAAAAAUGAAAAAACGUCUCCUGGAUGAUCGCUACAUUUACUGCUGUGAUAUUUCACUGUUGAUGAGUAAGAGGAGGUAAGCCUGUCGUAGUAAUGCCUGGGACAUGGAAAUGGAAGCAGAGCCUUCGUUGGAUAUGAGGAGCUUGCGUCAGCAUUAAGGCAGGGUGAGCAAGAGUCAGAGAGAGAGGCAGUGACAGCAGAGAUGAACACAACUGAGCAAGAAAGAGAUUGAGGUUAGAGGCUGAUGUGAUGAUACAACCAGAGCCUGCUAGACUUUUCACCUUCUGUGCCACACCUUGGCUGCAUCAUCCUAAUUCUCCCUCCUCUUGACUGCAGCAGCUCGGAGGACCCACGCAUGGAAUUUCAUUGUAUAAGGAACAAUAACGAUCACUAAAUGACUUUUGAAUGACCAUUUUCACACCCCAGAAGCUUCUUGCCGAUACUGACAUAUGAAAAGGACAGACUGUACAAGCGGAUUUCCUUCUGUUUAUUCUCAAAAGAGGAGCUACUCCUGCCUGCAUGAAUUGAAUUGAGUUAUUCAUACUUCUUUAAAUCAACGGCUUUGUUUUCAUAGACUAGUCAGUUCCUGUCACAAAGGUGUGAAAAUGAAGAAGUCAUUGUCUGGCCAUUUUCAGCGAACGCUGACUCAACCUAAGUGAUGAAGACAAUGAAGGUUGUAUUACUGGAUGCACUAGUGACAGCAGAGUUAUAAGACAUAUUAUGCCAAGCAUUGCGGAAUAAUGCAACACUGCUCCGUGAAUGACGCCCAGAAUACCGUACUUGUCUUCUGCAUGGACAUCGAAGCAAGCUGACUGACCGGCUGAGUGUGUGGGUUGCUCAGUGACUGGAGCGGUAGCUAUUUGAGGACACGUAGCCCCAAGCAGGUACCGGCCGGGUCUAGCAGCCUCGCGAUGGGGGAGACGGCAGAAUACCAGAGACUGCAGGAGACCACAGAGUCAGAUUACCAAAGGCUGCCCAGCGAUGAUGAAGAGAAACUGGGAAGUAGCAUGCAGUGCGAGGAAGGGACGGAAUGGUUGCUGGAGCUGCUGAUGGAGGUGCAGCUGCAGCAGUACUUCCUACGGAUCCGAGAUGACCUUAACGUCACCCGGCUGUCGCACUUUGACUACGUCAAGAAUGAAGACCUGGAGAAGAUCGGCAUGGGUCGACCCGGGCAGAGAAGGCUAUGGGAGGCUGUGAAAAGGAGGAAAGCCAUGUGCAAGCGCAAGUCCUGGAUGAGCAAGGUUUUUAGUGGUAAACGUCCAGAUGGAGGAGACUUGCCCCAGCAGGGCCAACCAGCCUCUUCAUUUCGUAAGCUGUCUCCCACACCUCCUCUGGGCCUGGGGGAGGGAGUGCUAGCCACACAGCCCAGUGGGGGUGCUCUCCUUGAUGGGCAGCAGCAGAGUCUGACCUGCCUCAUCCCAGAGAAGGACUUGACACUGUUUGAGAAGCUUGGGGAUGGCUCAUUUGGCGUUGUGAAGAGAGGAGAGUGGCUGACACCUGCAGGGAAGGUGCUGAAUGUAGCUGUGAAGUGUCUGAAGACAGAUGUGCUCACCCAGCCUGACGCUCUGGAGGAUUUCAUCUGCGAGGUCAACGCCAUGCACUCGCUGGACCAUCAAAACCUGAUUCGCCUCUACGGUGUGGUGCUCACACACCCAAUGAAGAUGGUGACUGAACUGGCACCUCUCGGUUCUCUGCUGGAGCGUUUGCGAUGCAUUCGUCCUCAAGGCCCAGUAUUGAUCCACACUCUAUGCCAGUAUGCUGUGCAGGUGGCUUGUGGCAUGGCUUAUCUGGAGCAGAGGAGGUUCAUUCACAGAGACCUGGCAGCGAGGAACAUCCUGCUGGCCUCGGCUCACAGAGUGAAGAUUGGAGACUUUGGCCUGAUGAGGGCGCUGCCCAACAACCAUGAGCACUAUGUCAUGCAGGAGCAUCGAAAGGUCCCUUUUGCAUGGUGUGCCCCGGAGAGUUUAAAGACAAGAACAUUCUCCCAUGCAACAGACACUUGGAUGUUUGGAGUCACUCUCUGGGAGAUGUUCACACAUGGUCUGGAGCCUUGGCUGGGUCUCAAUGGUAGCCAGAUUCUCCAUAAGAUUGAUAAAGAGGGAGAGCGCCUCCCUAAGCCAGAAGACUGUCCACAAGAUAUCUAUAACGUCAUGCUGCAGUGUUGGGCUCAGAAACCAGAUGACAGACCAACUUUUGUUGCUCUGCGGGAGUUCCUGCUUGAGACUAUGCCUACAGACAUGUGUGCUCUACAGGACUUUGAUGAGCCUGACAAACUCCAGAUCCAGGUCAAUGAUGUUAUCACCAUCAUAGAGGGGAGGGCAGAGAAUUAUUGGUGGCGAGGUCAAAAUAAACGCACCCUAAAGGUCGGGCAGUUCCCCAGGAACGUGGUGACGUCUGUAGCAGGGUUGUCUGCGCAUGACAUCAGCCGUCCACUCAAGAAUAGCUUCAUCCACACAGGGCACGGAGACAGCAACCCCCAUCAUUGCUGGGGCUUCCCCGACAGGAUCGAUGACUUGUACCUCGGGAAUCCCAUGGAUCCUCCCGAUGUUCUGGGUUUAGACCUGAGUGCUGCACGACCCACACAGCUACCAGGACGAGCUAAAAAGGAGCCUCCUCCCCGCCCUCCUCAACCAGCUGUGUUAAUCAAGAAACCUUCCUAUGACCCAGUAAAUGAGGAGGAGGAUCUGACCCCGGCAGGACUGAAGAGAUUAUCGCUUCGGAAAACUGGUUCUGUCAAAGGCCUCAAACUUAAACCGGCUGCGUGGGUCUCUGCUUCUAAACAGGGAGGAGGCAGGACUUCAGGCUCAGGCCAGAACCCUAACAGUGAAGUGUCCCUUAUUGACUUUGGAGAAGAGUACCCCCUACCCACGCCCUCUCCCUCACCCGUGGUUGAAGUUCCAAUUCCUUUAUUGGCCAAGCUAGCUUUGGAAGCAGAAAACCUCCUGGACAGGACUCCGCCUCAAAGCCCAUCAAGAUCAUUGCCCCGCCCCCUUCACCCCACGCCAGUAGUGGACUGGGAUGCACGGCCAUUACCCCCACCCCCAGCCUAUGACGAUGUAGCGCAAGAUGAAGACGAUAUGGAGGUGAGCUCCAUCAACAGCUCAGAGCAGCAGACUGAAGCAGAGCAUAGUGAUGUCCAUAAUCCAGAAGAAGCUCUCUCCUCUGGGCAAAAGAUGGAGGAUGAGGCUCUUGUCUCCAGGGGUUCAAACAGAUCAGGUCUAGAGGACAACCUCUUUCUCCCCAGCAAGCAGAGCCAGGAUCUGUCCACCUCCUUUUCACAGUCUGCAGAGCUCUUUCAAGAACUUCAACAAGAGUGCAUGAGGAGGCUCAAUGUACCAGCGGCAAGUGCUCCUCGGCCAUGCUCGCCAUUGCAAAACUCAGUCUCGGGUCCCCAAACUCAUCAAAGCCCCAAGACCCAGGAGGAACAACAGCAGAGUGUCCUCUCCUCCAGUGAAGACAAACCGCAGAUCCCCCCACGUGUUCCCAUCCCCCCUCGCCCUGUAAAGAAGGGUGACUACACCUCUGCCCGCUGGUCAAGGGAUCUUUCUCUUUCUCCAGUGCCGGCUGACACCACAGAAAACGUUUCAAGCACAGGUCAGGAACGACCACCUCAGAUCCCUCCCAGAGACCCUUUGUCUCAGCCUGGCUCCAGAACUCCAAGCCCAAUGGGGCUGGUAGUGGGUUCCCCACAGCAGAGACUCUACUCUGUCAGCCCCAACACAAUGCAGGCUGCCUUUACAUCCUGCCCCCCCACACAUACCUACAGCUCCUACCUCUCUACCUCUCCAGGUAAACUCAUGCCUACUACACACAGCUUUGCUUCAGAUCCUAAAUAUGCUGCACCCAAAGUGAUUCAGGCCCAAGUGCAGGGGAAGGAGCCCACUAGCAAAGGCCCCUGUAUCCUGCCUAUUGUCCGUGAUGGGCGUAAAGUCAGUAAUACUCACUAUUACCUUCUGCCAGAGAGGCCGCCAUAUCUUGAUCGAUUUGAUCGCUUCUUCAGGGAGGCUGAGAGCCUUCCUGCCAAUGACGUGGAAGAAAGGCAUAUACGGCAAGCUAACACAGCCACAGUCAGACCGAUGGUGGUCAGCAGUCACACAGUGCAGGGACACACCCAGGUACAGGGGCUGGUCCUGCCGGGUGGUGACCUGAAGGCUAAUUUCUCCUCCAAUAAUAACAGCAAUCUGAGUGGUCCACGGUCAGGGAUGAAGACUUCAGUUAGUCUUCCUCGUGUCUGUUCAGACGGGCUGACAGCACCAGCAGUCGCUGCUUCCUGUACCAGGACAGACGGAGGAGGGAACACAGCUGAGAGGGUCAAAAUGGUGCAGGAGGCGGUUCAUGGUGUGACGAUAGAGGAGUGCCAGGCUGCUCUCCAUAAUCACAACUGGAACGUCCAGCAAGCUGUGCAUUAUCUAAAGGUAGAGCAGUUGUUCUGUUUGGGUCUGAGGAGCAGAUCAGAGUGUCUAAAGCUGCUGGAGAUGUGUGACUGGAACCUGGAGGUGGCCAGCACUCACAUGUUGGAUAACUAUGGUUCUACAACAAGACAAAGACGGUGACAGAAAUCUCAAGCUGCUGAGCUCUGAUUGGAACGUCAUCCGCAGUAAAACAUCAUCCGAGGAGGUGAAUCAUCCCCUGACCUUUUCUGUUUGAUCGUUCAGCCGCACUUCCAAUCAAGACUGUAUUUGAGAACGGAGAAAUCAAGCACAAAAUACCAAACUUCAUUAUGGCUGUGUUUGUACUUAACAUUGAUAUGAGGGUUUAAAAAAAUUGACCAGGGGGGGUCAUAUUUUUACUUUGGUGUGCCAACCCAAGGACAAAAAUGAUGAUACUUGUGUUUUCAGGGCUUGUGGGUUAGCCUGAAAUGUUUCACAGACUGUCCUCUUGUGAGCCACUUCCAUGAAAAAGCUAGUUUGAAAGUCAAUGCAAAGAGGCUAUGACUGGCACAAUAUACACAGGAGCACUUUCUCAGAUUGUCCACACUUUGACAAAAAGUCACCGUAUUGUGCCAGACCAACACACAGUUUACUGGAAAGCUCAUAUAGUGAGCAGUGUCAGCACUGAACUGAAAAACUGUAGGGCAAACAUGCAGUUCUUUAAAGGAUAUAUAUAUAUAUAU